AUGGGUACAAAACCACGUAAGGUUAAACCUAUUUUGAAGACUGAUGAGCCCAUCUGUCCAGAUGGAAAACUCUCCUGUGGAGAUGGUGAAUGUAUUGACAAGGAAUUAUUCUGUAACGGCAAAUCUGACUGCAAAGAUGAAUCUGAUGAAAACGCAUGUUCCGUUGAUGAGGAUCCAAAUCGUGCUCCAGAAUGUGAUCAAACACAGUGUGCUCUGCCAGAUUGUUUCUGUUCAGCUGACGGUACUCGUAUUCCCGGUGGUAUUGAACCACAACAAGUACCACAAAUGAUAACCAUCACAUUCAACGGUGCCGUUAAUGUAGAUAAUAUUGAUCUGUAUGAAGAUAUCUUCAACGGCCAACGUCAAAACCCUAAUGGUUGCUCCAUUAAGGGUACAUUCUUUGUCUCUCACAAAUACACCAAUUACUCAGCUGUACAAGAUUUACACAGACGAGGUCAUGAAAUUUCCGUUUUCUCACUUACACACAAAGAUGAUCCCAAUUACUGGACAGGUGGUACCUAUGAUGAUUGGUUAGCUGAAAUGGCUGGUGCUCGUUUGAUUGUUGAACGUUUUGCUAAUAUUACUGAUGGUUCAAUUAUUGGUAUGCGUGCUCCAUACUUGCGUGUUGGUGGCAACAAACAAUUUGAAAUGAUGGCUGAUCAAUUCUUCGUUUAUGAUGCUUCAAUUACUGCUUCAUUGGGACGUGUACCAAUCUGGCCUUACACACUUUAUUUCCGUAUGCCACAUAAAUGCAAUGGUAAUGCACAUAAUUGUCCAUCUCGUAGUCAUCCUGUUUGGGAAAUGGUCAUGAACGAAUUAGAUCGUCGUGAUGAUCCAACAUUCGAUGAAUCAUUGCCCGGUUGUCAUAUGGUAGACUCUUGCUCCAACGUUGCCAGUGGUGAACAAUUCGCACGUCUUUUACGUCACAAUUUCAAUCGUCACUACAAUAGUAACCGUGCACCAUUGGGUUUACAUUUCCAUGCUUCUUGGUUGAAAUCAAAGAAAGAAUAUCGCGAUGAAUUGAUUAAAUUCAUUGAAGAGAUGUUGGGACGCAACGAUGUAUUCUUCGUCACAAACUUGCAAGUUAUUCAAUGGAUGCAAAAUCCAACUGAAAUCAACACACUACGUGAUUUCCAGGAAUGGAAAGAAAAAUGUGAUGUCAAGGGACAACCCUACUGCUCACUUCCAAAUGCGUGCCCUCUGACAACAAGAGAAUUGCCCGGUGAAACUUUACGUUUAUUCACCUGCAUGGAGUGUCCAAAUAACUAUCCAUGGAUCUUAGAUCCAACUGGAGAUGGUUUCUCAGUUUAAAUUAUAUUCAUAAAAAAAA